UGAAGCAGAUGAAAUCUAUUAAUGAAACAAAGUCUGCAGAGAUCAGUGAAGAAUUGAAUAACAACAUCGAACAGAAGUCUUUAUCCAGGCUCUCUGACAAACCUGAUCCUGACGUCCCUGGGACUACAAUAGAAGACAAUGACUGUACCUCUGUUAUUAAGAAAGUAACUCAAGACCAAGAAAAAACUGAAUGUGACAGUGAAUAUGAAACUGUCCGUCUUCAGCCUCCCUCUGAGGACUCAAAUGAAGAAAAAUGGGUACGGCUAGUUGCAACACAGUAUUCAUUUCUUAACCAGUAUCUCAGGCAAAGAUUAAAGGAGAAGAUGAAAGAAGGUAUUGAACACUCUGAAUCUGAUACAUCUGAUGAAGAACCACUACCUAGUACCUCUGGAGGAAGAGCACACUCAGUGCAGAAAAUGACUGAAGAGAAGAAGAAACAUGGCGGGAAAGAUGCACGGGUGCAUUCAAGACUCCCUUUGCUCAGGAGGACGGAGGACGUGAAGGAGCAAGCUGUUUGGCACCACACACACGUGAAUGAACUCCUCAGAAAUGACAUAAAGGAAUUAGUGAAGGAGCAAUUGGCUACAGGGCAUGCAAGGAUGAGGAAACUCCUCAGAAAGGAUCUAGAGGAAAUCAAGGGACUACUCAAGAAGGAAUUGAAACAAAUAUUGAUGGAGAAGAUGGUCCUGCUGCAAGAGCAGGUAAAGGAGACCCAGCAGGAGCACUGGAGUCCGCAAUACCUGCAGCUGAAGGAGCUCUUCAGAAAGGAGUUAAAAGAGAUGGUUCGGGACCAGGUUAAAUAUUCCAAAAUUAUCAUUCGCCCUAAAGAAGAGCCACUACCUGGUGCUUCCAGAGGAACUGCAGACUUCCAGAGAACAUCCCUGGAACAAAGAAAAAAGAAAAAAUACGAAGGUGACCAUGACAGUGGCCCUUCGCCUUCAGAAAAGCCCCCAGUGCAAACUGAAGAGGAAGUCACUGAUGCGCAGAGUGAUUCCCGCUGGAAACUCCUGCAGGAACAGCUCCCAGCGAGUGCAGGAAAGGCAUUUAGAUUCCGGAAGAAACCCAAGGAGGAGGCUGAUGCUGAUGGGCUCUCAGCAAGCUGCUGUCAUGUGGUACAGUGGGAACCUGGGGACAGGAGGCUGCUGGUCACUGUCAUUCCCCACCUGAAACGCCUCUGUGUCCCAGGAGACUCACUCUCCCAGUUCUUGUACGGCCUUGAAUAA